AUGGAACAACCUUCCUUCUCCAAGCAAACUCUGGCUGCAGUAGAACGCGCAGAUUCGAUUUCUCAAAACCCUCCAAAAAUGUCGCAAGACGAUAAAGCAAUAAGAGACGCUUUGAAAGCGCUUAAAAAGCGGCAUUUACUGGAAGAAGGCGCCCAUUCACCUGCCUUGAUCGCUCUAUCUCGCCCGAUUGUGUCGCAGGGCUCAGAAUGGAAAGAAAAAGCUGAAAAUCUUGAAGUGGAGCUCCAGCAAUGUUACAAAGCUCAAUCUCGUUUAUCAGAACAACUUGUGGUGGAAGUGGCUGAAUCCAGAGCUUCCAAAGCUUUAGCACAUGAAAAAGAAUCCAUGAUAGCUGAGUUGCAGAAUGAUCUUAGUCAAGAAAGGAAUGAAUGCUUGCGCCUAAAUGAGCUUUUGGAAGAAAAGACUAAGGCACUAGAGCUGUUGAUAAGUGAACACCAAGAACUUAAAGCACAACUAGAGGCAACCACUCUCAGAGCUGAAAACGCAGAAGCAGAAAACAAAAUGCUAAUUGAUCGUUGGAUGUUGGAAAAGAUGAAAGACGCCGAACGCCUGAAUGAGGCUAAUGCCAUCUAUGAGGAUAUGCUGGAUCGCCUCAAAGGAAGCAGCAUACAACUUCUCGCCCAUCAACAAGUGGAUGGCAUUGUCCGCCAGAGUGAAGAAGGCGCUGAAUUCUAUGUGGAGUCAACAAUACCUGCCACGUGCAAGCUGAGGAUCCCAGCCCAUGAAGGUGGCUGUGCAUCUAUCCUAUUUGAGCACAAUUCCACCAAAUUGGUCAGCGGAGGACAGGACAAAGCCGUGAGGACUUGGGACACAAACACCGGCUCACAAAGUCGGGCUCUUAAUGGUGCCCUUGGCUCCAUCCUCGAUAUCUGCAUUACUCACGAAAACAAAUUCAUUAUAGCGGCCAGCAGCACCAAUAAUCUCUACGUAUGGGAUGUGGGCUUGGGCCGGGUUCGCCACACCCUCACGGGCCACAUGGACAAGGUCUGUGCCGUAGACGUAUCCAGGGUGUCAAGCCGCAAUGUCGUUAGCGCUGCUUACGACCGUACGAUAAAAGUGUGGGACCUUCAGAAGGGUUAUUGUGUUAACACGCUUAUAUUCCACAGUAAUUGUAAUGCCCUCUGUUUUAGCACGGAUGGGCAGACGAUUUGUUCAGGGCAUGUGGAUGGGAACCUGCGGUUAUGGGACAUUCGGAGUGGAAAACUUUUGAGUGAGAUCGCGGCCCAUUCUUUUGCUGUCACGUCUAUGUCUUUAUCGAGAAGUGGGAAUGUGAUACUGUCCAGUGGGAGAGACAAUCUGCAUAAUUUGUUCGACAUUCGUACGCUCGAGGUUUGCGCGACUUUGAGAGGGAAUGGGAGUAGUAGGGUGGCGUCUAAUUGGAGCAGGUCGUGUUUGAGCCCGGAUGACAGUUAUGUAGCGGCUGGGAUGGUAGAUGGGUCGGUGCAUAUUUGGUCGGUGGCUAGUGCAAAACUGGAGUUGGACAUGCAUAAUGACCAAUUGACGACCAUCAAAAGUCACUACUCAUGUUCAAACUGUGGUGAACCUGCUGUUUUAUUGGGAGUUAAGAGGGAAAUUAGCUUCUGUGGAGUUGGAGGGAAGUUCGCUUCUGUGGAGAUGAUAUGGUUGUGA